UGUAUGAAUCUUGAUGCUUUGAGCAAAUAUCGGCCGUUAUAUGCUUUUGACCUGCUUGGGUUCGGUCGAAGCAGUCGCCCAAAGUUUGGGAGCGAUCCUGAUGAGGUUGAGAAGAUGUUCGUCCAAUCAAUUGAAGAUUGGAGGCAAGCACAGGACCUCAACAAGAUGAUUUUACUCGGACAUAGCUUUGGUGGAUAUCUUGUGAGCAGUUAUGCUCUUAAAUACCCAGACAGAGUAAAGAGUCUCGUCUUAGUUGACCCAUGGGGUUUUCCUAAACUGGAGCCUGAUGGGGAAAGAGCUCGGCGCGUUCCGUUGUGGAUUCGAGCACUUGUGAGAAUCCUAAGUCCCUUUAACCCACUUGGAGUAGUUCGUGCUGCUGGACCUUGGGGACCUGGUUUAAUAAAAAGGUUCCGGGCUGAUUUUAAGACAAGAUAUCCAGAGGUUACUGAACAAGAUGAAAACACGGUUUUUGAAUACAUCUAUCAUUGUAAUGCUGGAUCUCCAAGUGGUGAAUCCGGCUUUAAGCAGAUGAACCAAGAUCUAGGAUAUGCAUACAAGCCUAUGUUGUCAAGAAUAGGUGGCUUACGUAAGGAUGUCCCGGUCACAUUCGUGUAUGGAGCACGCUCAUGGAUGGAUGUGAAUUCUGGACAUGAAACUCAAAACCUGCUGCCUGACAACCACGUUGAAGUUUAUUCAGUAAAAGGUGCAGGACAUCAUGUAUAUGCUGAUCGUCCAGAAUUAUUCCAUGAAAUUAUUGACACUGUAUGUGAUGCACUCGACUAAAGAUUGCUUUGAACCAUAUACGUAUUUUUAUUGUUCAGCAUGUUGUUGCUUCUCUGUAUUGCUAUGUACUGUUGUUGUGUUUUGCUCAUGGGAUAGAGAGUGGGUAAUUUGUGCCUCUAGAAUUGUUAGUUUUUAUCUUUUCUGCACUUCAGUUCUUUUAAUUUACUUUCUACUUCAUCAUUUUUGUUGUUGAGUUUUAAUUCCUUUGAAUCUGCAUAGUGUUUAAUUAAUAAAAAAUAAAUAUAUGUUGAUUUAUUUUCAGUUUUUGCUUCUUAAUUUUUAAUUUUAACAAGUUGAUAUCAUUUUCUCGUCUGCUAAUUCAUUUACACUAACUUGUGCAACGUAUCUAACAAACAGAAGUUCCACGUUUUGUCGAUUUAUUAAAUUGUGGCUUGUAUAUAUUUUCGAAAUAAAAGCACAGAAGUUCUUUAUUAA